CUGGUGAAAAGAAUUUUGGAGAACAAUUUCUCCACUUGUAUCUUGUGGAAGGCAGACCAACAGUUCGAUUCAGCUGUGGACGGUCUCAGAACAUUCUGACUGUGUCCAUCAAUCAGUCCAUUAGCAAAGGUAUACUUGUCCCUAUCAUAAUAAGCUAUAUGUUGCCUGUUGGCAGUCCUGGAGGUGAGUGUAUGAUUGAAAUUUCUGCAAAUGGAAAUCCGCCUGUACAACACAGACUCUCUCUGUCAUAUCAAGCAUCUCAGAUCACCUUUGGAUCAAUCUUCCUUGGAAAUGUUCCUGUUCACGCAGAUGUUCAUCGAUGUGCUGGACAGAUACAUGGCUAUAAAGGAUGCAUUAGGGAUUUUCAAGUUAACAGCAAAGAGUUGUUCAUCAUAGAUGAGGCUCUUGGAGGAAGGAAUGUUGAGAACUGCAAUGUUCCAGUGUGUGAUUAUAAUCCAUGUCGCAAUGGUGGGACCUGCACUAGUGAUGCAGAAAAUUGGUUUUGUGAAUGCCCUAAACUCUACACUGGAAAACUCUGCCAGUUCACGACUUGUGAUGAAAAUCCAUGUGGAAAUGGUGCUACAUGUUUUCCGAAGUCCAAGCAAGAUGUUGUUUGCCUUUGUCCAUACGGAAGAUCUGGAAUCCUCUGCAAAGACGCUGUUAGUAUUAGCCAGCCUAGUUUCAGUGGCACAGACGUCUUUGGCUAUACUUCAUUCCUAGCUUAUUCUACAAUCCCAAAUAUCACCUUCUACUAUGAAUUCCGCUUGAAAUUUCAGUUGAUAAACCACCGUUCAGCUUUACAAGAUAACUUGAUAUUUUUCACUGGACAGAAAGGCCAAGGUCUGAAUGGGGAUGAUUUCUUAGUGUUAGGUCUCCGUAAUGGCAGAGUAAUAUAUAGCUAUAAUCUAGGUUCUGGCACAGCAACGAUCAUUAGUAAACCGCUUGAUCUGACGCUCAAUAUGCAUGUCAUCCAUCUUGGCAGAUCUCUCCAAAAAGGCUGGCUGAAGGUGGAUGAUCAGAAGAAUAAAACUGUCACUUCUCCUGGGGGACUGGUUGGACUCAAUGUCUUCAGUCAGUUUUAUUUAGGAGGCUACCGUGAGUACACUCCAGAACUCCUACCAAAAGGAUCCAGAUUUAAGAACAGCUUUCAAGGUUGUAUUUUUGAUGUUCAAGUUCGCAGCAGCGAGAAUGAAGAGUUUAAAUCACCAGGAACUCCAGAAGGUCACCCCAAUGCUGGUCGUAGUGUUGGACAAUGUAAAGAUUCCCCAUGCAGUUUAAUAAAAUGCAGAAAUGGUGGGAAGUGUAUGGAAAGUGGCUCUACUGUUUACUGUGACUGCCUCACUGGAUGGAAAGGUGCAUUUUGCACAGAGACUGUGUCAGUUUGUGAUCCGGAACAUGAUCCCCCACAUCUGUGUAAACAAGGUGGUACCUGUGUGCCACUGCCAAAUGGCUACACAUGUCACUGUCCUCUUGGAACAACUGGCACCUAUUGUGAACAAGCUGUCUCCAUUAGCGAUCCAUCUUUCAGAAGUAAUGAAUCAUCAUGGAUGUCAUUUGCACCCUUUUAUAUCCGACAUAAGACCCACAUCAAGCUACAGUUUCAGCCUCUUUCUCCAGAUGGCAUCCUGUUCUACACCGCACAGCGUCUGAGCUCUCAGUCAGGUGACUUUCUAUGUAUAUCCUUAGUAAACGGAUUUAUACAAUUGCGCUUCAAUCUUGGAGACAAGACAGUCAUCCUGCAGACUUUUCAGAAAGUCCAUACAGAUGGAAGUACAUGGCAUUCUCUCAGAGCAGGAAGAGUCGGUAAUGAGGGCUACCUGGACCUGGACGGUGUCAACAUUACUCAGAAAGCUACUGCUGGAAUGAAUGCUCUAGACACACACACAGAUUUUUUCGUUGGAGGAGUGUCCUCUCUAAAUCUUGUCAAUUCAAUGGCAACAGAAAAUGAGCCCACAGGUUUCAGUGGCUGUAUACGAGAAAUUGUUAUAAAUAACAGAGAACUGAAACUUACUGUGACCGACCCAAAAGAUGGAGCCAACGUAGGUGACUGCGAUGGAACAGCUUGUGGGUACACGGUGUGCAAAAAUAACGGAACGUGUCAGGUUGAAGACUUGGGAUUUUCUUGCUCUUGCCCACAGCAGUGGGUAGGGAAUACAUGUGAACAAUCUAUUUACUGUUCACAAAACAGGUGUGGGUCUCAAGCUCUCUGUAUUCCUGAACCUAUUUUAUUUUCAUAUAUCUGUGUAUGCGCACUGGGGUGGUCAGGUAAGUACUGUGACCAAAAAAUCACAUUUUUUACAGCAAAGUUUGUUGGUAACUCCUACAUCAAAUACAUAGACCCACACUACAGAAAAAGAGACCUCCAGCAGAGCCGCAUUUCUUUAAAUUUUACUACCAAUCAAACUGAAGGCUUAAUAUUAUGGAUGGGAAAAGCUGAAGAUGAAGACAAUGAUUUCCUUGCUCUUGGUAUUGCCAAUGGAACAUUAAAAAUUGUAGUUAAUCUUGGAGAAAGAAUUUCUGUCCCUCUAAUUUAUAGUAAAUACUCCCUUUGUUGUGGAAGAUGGCAUGUUGUUACUGUAGUUCAAAACCAAACUUGUAUUAAGGUGUAUCUUGAUGAGGGUCCAAUUCUUUUUGAAGAUAUUGAUCCACAAAGAAAAUACACCGCUCUAAACUACGGAGGCAUCUGUUAUUUUGGUGGGUUUGAA